ACGGAGCGAUUUUAUGGUGGGUUUCUUGGAAUGUGGUUAUUCUCUGUCUUGAUUCUUCGACAAAUACCCCUAUUACUUCGCUAAAAAGGUUAGUAAAACUUCCCGAGAAACGUUAACAUUUAUCGUGUAGUAGAACUUUAAAAUUUCCUCUUUAAAUACAUCCAGCGUGUCGUAAAGUUUCUCGAAGCUGUAAGCAUAAGCCUAUUUCAGAUUUCAGUCGAAAUCUCGUGAUUUUUCAAAAGGAAACUGGUUCCAUAUUCUGACAUGAAUAGCUGCUGUGAUUUUGUUUGUUUGCUGGAAAUAAGUCUAUGAAAUAAUUAUUUAGCCUGUUAUACUCAUUUAUAUAAGUUGUGUCGAGACCCGAACGCUUUUGGCUCAUGUUCGUCAUGUUCAGAUACUUCGCUGCAAGGGAAUCAGCAGACAUCAGCAUAUGCAAUGAUGUGUUGAUGACGAUUUCCAUGGAAGCCCGGAAGAACUACUAUUUUCUAGUUUAAAUAUUAUUUAAUCUUGGACCCCUAACAAACUUCCUGCUUUGCUUACUAUUAAGGCAUUGUAUUAAAACUUGUUAUUUUCUUUACAAGGUAGACUGAAAGUCAGGCAGUCCAAUUUAUAAUGACGAAGGUCAUUUUGAGCGCGAUUGUUGUGGUGGUGUUUGAAUUCAUAUCCUUAAACACAGGUAAAACUACAUAAAGAAGCUUUUAAAACCUCACCUUAGUAUAGCAAAUUCUAAAAUACUUGUGAUAAUCAGCUAAAGUUUUAAAAUAGCUUGAAAGGAUUGCAUCAUCCAAAAGAAAGUAAAUGAAGGGAAUGGUAUAAUAGUACUGCAGUGGAACUCUGGUGAUUAUGCAAAUAUUUAGUAACAAACUAGAGAGAGACUAUAAUAUGAUCUUAAAGCUUUCACGAUGAAAGAAAAAUCUUUUAUUCAGAAGAGGGAAGGUACAAAAGAAAACCUUGGUGGUGGAGAAAAAAUAUGUAUGAAGUUUUCUUCUAUAUCUGUGAGUUAAGGCAACAGAUCAUGAAAUACUUUGACUUCAGCCUGGAAAAUGCUGAUCUUGAUCAUAUGGUACGUUUUUUUAUUUUCCGAUGGGGCAGUGUAAGAUGCAGACUGCCGACUGACUUUGGACUAUUGUUUUUAGGGUUAGAAAACAAUGGGACUAUUGUUGUCAUGUUCUCAUUUGCAUGGUGAAAACAAUAGUCUGCAGUCUGCGGUAUUUUACACUGACCAAUUUUCCAAUCUGGAUCUGGCAAAUACAUAACUUAUAUGUCUCCUAUCCAUACAGCAAUCCCUUGUCACCCCAGCUGCAGUGGUCAAGGGACAUGUUUGAAAGAUGGACAAUGUCUGUGUUGGUGGGGAUGGACUGGGCCUAACGCAAAGUACAUUGUAUCUGGAUCAUUAAAGAACAGAAUACUGGUAAGAGCUGAGUGACCUCCAUAGAAUUUAUGGUGAAAAACAAGCAAACAAAGAAAUCAGAAAAAAACAUUUAACCGAUUUCAUGUAUUCUGGUUUGAGAACAGUCACACAAAUUCAUUUAUUUCUUUCACUCCUAUGUCACUUAUAGACUACUGGUAGUUCACAUGGGUCUAUAGCUCAGGGAUGUCCCUAAGAGCCGGCUGCUGGCUAAUUUCACUGGCUGAAAAAUAGCUUACCACUGGCUUAAGUUGCUCUGGAAAACAAAGUUAAGGGGUAAUUUUGAAGAUGCAGUUGAAUAAAACAGCCAGCUUGACUAAUAAACAAGCCGUGUUAUCUUUUCCUUAGCUACAUCCCUGAUAGCUGUGCAGUGCAUUCAGAAUUUCGCACCUAGUAUUUUAUUUUGCAUAUCCAUAUGCACAUGGCCAGUGCUAAAGCUACUGGGAUUUCAAAACUUUAGAUGAAAGGUUUCUUUGUGUAACUGUAUGGUUGACAUGACCCUUUGACCUAUUGUUUUAAAAUUUAACUUCUCAUUUCUCAUUUGUAAUGGGAAAAAAGAUCCCUGUGCCGUGUUUGGAUGGAAUAAUGAUCACCUUUUUCCCGAGAAAUAUACGGUGAAAGACCAUAUUUCUAAUACUAAACUAGAAAAAGGCGAAUAGCCUCGCUAACUGCAGGCCAGUCCCAAUGUAUCUUUUGUUAUAUUUCCAAAUUUAAAUAAAGUUGAAGUUGACAUUAUUACAUCCAAACACGGCACUAGGAUCUUUUCUCUCAUUACAAUGUUAUUCUAAGAAAACUUUAAGAAAAAAUGUCCCGAAAAGCGCUCAAAAAUACAAACGAAAUGUCCUCAUACCCCCUGGGCAUCCUAUAAUACUCCUUUAAUCGAAUUAAUUCAAUAUGGCUGCUGUAUUGGUAAAAAGGUCUAUAUCAAUACCCUCAUUAGUUCUUCAGACAUCGUUUCAUAGGGAAACGGCUGUUUUCUGUAAGGCUACAGCUGAGUAAGGAAAGAUUAAUUUGCUUUUUCUUCCUUAUUUUUAGGCAGACUACUGCACAACUGCAUGCCAUUAUACUCAUGACUUUCAAAAUCCUUUGUGUGCCAUUACCCCCACGAGGUCCCCAUGUGAUCCAUUAUGUGGCACAGGUACAGCUGAUGUCUAAUAUUUUGGUAGCUCAUUAGUUAAUAAAAUGUUGUUCGGAAGUGGCAAAAAAUCUUUUUUAGUGUUUCUAUUAUUUGGAGAUGUUACUGUAAGUGAAAAAACGGUUUCUUUUUAGUCUGUGCAAAAACAGUACAACAAGCUUAAGGCAUUCGCAAUUUCUGUUUGGUAGUUAUGUUGGUAUGAGAACAAUCAUCUGCAUGGCAUAUAGGCCAAGAAAAGCUUCAUUGUUUUGUGUAAAAAAUAAUUAAAAGUUUUCUACUCAUAAUCACAAAAAUUAUGUAGCUUAGAAAGGUUCUUAAAUCCUUCUAAAAAGUAUUAACUCUCAAAACAUGCAUGUAAGCAAUAUCCCAAACUGAAGUUGCUGUGAAGGUAUAUUCCUGGCUCUUUUACCAGUGCAUAGUGAUAACACUACAUUCUUUGCCUUGGUUACAGCGCUCUGCUCUAAGAGGAGCCGCAGAAAGCCAAGCUGAGUAUUAGAACUGAAAAUCUCGGGGCACUGUUUUUGUUUUAGAAACUAGAAUAUUAAUAUUUUUAUAGCUAAUACUGGUUGACUUGUAAAUCAUCACAGGGACAUACAAUGGCCUGGGAAGAUGUCUGCCCAAUGGGCGUUGUCUCUGCUGGUGGGGCUGGACUGGCCCUAAUGCCACUUAUAUCAAUGGAGGAAUGUACACUAACAGAAUUGUGGUAAGGAUCAUGUUGUAGCGAGGAGAAGAGAAUUGAGGAGUGAAAAAAAGAGGGUAGUAGGGGUCGGGGUGGCCUGAAUUUUGGUUGACUUACUUUGCUACAUUGUCUUGGGUCUCCUGGCUGGUUCCUUUACAGAACAAAAAGGAGUGGCUAAGAAAGGCAUGUCUGAUAGCACAGGGAUGGUGAGUUUUGGUAUUGGCCUGGUAAAUUUUGUUCUUAACUUGCCUGAUGGGCUAGUGAAGUUUUUUGGGAUGAUUCAAAUAACAGAAGAACUGUAAUCAAUCCUGCUUGUCAAAAUUUUUUCAGGCUAUUUAAAAUGGCCCUUGGAUUAGUUAGUAAUCACAUUAUGCUAGUUAAAAACUUGCCCAAAGGGUAAGCUGUAAAACUGACUUUUUUGUACCCUGCAAAAUUUAUUUCACGCUCACGGGUUUGUUUUUAUUCCUCAAAGGCUGAUAGCUGUACUAAAAGCUGCAGCUACACACACGUUUACAGAAAUAACAAAUGUGUUACAGCUUCAACAACAACCAAACCAUCAACACAGCCACUGAGUACAGGAAGCCCAACAACAGGGAUACCAAGCACAGUGAAACCAACUAUCCCCCAAGUGUGCAGUGUGCCAGUUAACAAAACUGUGCCACCCCUCUCCUGUGAUCCACUAUGUGGUUCAGGUAACUAGUAUCUGUUCCUUGAAAGCAGUGUAUUAUAGAUAGAAUCUCAAGAGUUGCUUAUUUACUAAAGCACAAUUAUAACAGACACUAGGGAGAGUAUACUCACAGCAAAGACAAUACCAGCCACAGUCCCCUCUACGGUAAGCGCUACUCUUUUAGGUUGUGCUGCUUAUUUGGGGUGGGGGAGGGAGUGUAAGGCUAAGUAUUCAGAUUUUUGCUCCUAAGUGUGACAUGUAUUCAAGGGCCACACUGUUCAAGUAAAUAUGAUAUAUGGAACUGAUUCUUUAAUUUUCAAACAAGCUUAUAAGGCAGAAUGCAGGAAAGAUUUCACACUCUUCUGCUGUGCUUGGCAGAGGUAAAAGAAGGUUCCCCUUCCCCACUCCUUUGACAAGAUGUUCCAGUCUUGUUUGAGAGUGUCACUGAAUUUUGGUUGCAGGUCCAACUUAUCACAGUACUGGACAGUGUCUCUCCAAUGGGCGUUGUCUCUGCUGGUGGGGGUGGACUGGUGCAAAUGCCUGCUAUGUUGAUGGAGGAAUUUACAACAAUAGAAUUUUGGUAGGUGUUGUUGUAACAUGAUUUAAGGGAACUGUUAAAGCUUACUUGGCUUUUUAGGUAUCAUUAGUAGCUCUGUCAGUUUUUGUGUUUAUGGUAUAACAAGGGGGUCCUCCCAUGUCAUGCACAUUUAUUUUUGUUUUAUUUUUUCUCUCUAAAGGCUGACAGUUGUGUUAAAAGUUGCCAUUACACACAUGUGUACAGAAAUAAUAAGUGUGUUACAGCUGCACCGACAACCAAACCGUCAACACUGCCACCGAGUACAGGGGGCCCAACAUCCAUUCCUUUGACAACUGUGAUACCCAGCACAGGGACUCCCAGUACUGUGAAACCAACUACGGGGAAACUAGUAUCUACAACUUCAAGAAGUCCAACAACAGGCAUGCCAACAACAAUGAAACCAACUGCAGGGAAGUCAAGCACUCUGAAUCCAACCACAGGUAACCCAACAUCGUCAAAUCCAACCACGGAAAACAAGUAACUACAGUACCACCAAGUACAAAAACCCAAACAACUGUCUUUCCAACUAAAUUCAAACCAACCUCAGGCCAGUCUAGCACUAUGAAACUAACCACAGGUAACUUAGCAUCAUCUAAUCCAACAACACGAAAACAAGCAACUUCACUGCCAUCAACUACAAAAAAAAGUCAAACGACAUGGUACCCAACUACACUGAAACCAACCACAGAAAAGUCAAGCACUAUGAAAUCAACCACAGGACACCCAACUACCAAGUAUGCACCUCCAACAAGGCAAAGCACUAGUACAUUAAAAGUAACCACAGGACAACCAUCAACAAAACAGAAGACAAGUCAGCAACCUGCAAGUACAAAAACAGUAAAACCAUCCACGAAGGUGUUAACAACACAAGCCCCAAUACCCACGACCACAGCUGCUGCUACCACAACCCAAGCUACCACUAUAGAACCAACGGAGCCCCCAGAGCCCACAGAACCUCCUGAGGCCGAUGAUUCUCUUGGAGCACUUGCCAACCUUCAAGUAAGGAUGCUGUAAACACCCAGUAGUGUGUGUAAAUUAAGACCAUGCCACCCUGGGAAUGGUUGCCUUGACUUGUUAGGACUCAUCAGUGUGGCAUACCCCCAGGGAGACUACAUUGCUUGAAAGUACAGGGCUUGAAAACAACUUUUAAUUCCAGGUGAAAGCAGCUCUUAAGUUCUGCUUGUUCCCAGGGGGAUGGGGGAAGCUACAAUGUACAUGCUCCUGUCAGUUUACUUGUUAGUCAGAAGAUGACUUGCUGGGCCCUUGCCGAUCAGGCAAGUACAUGUACAUAUGUUGUAGUUAAUUUUUUAUCUCAGGUAAUUUUUAUUUUUCAUUUGUUUCAACAUCAUUAACAUAUAUUACCAUACCAAAAAACAAAAGACAAACAAAAGUUACCUGAGAUAAAAAAUUAACUACAACACAUACAUAAGUGUAAGUGUCAAAAGUUACUUGCCUGAAUAGAAAAUCUACUUAGGACUGUUUUCAAGCCCUGCGUAACCAUGUAUGAAAUGCCCUUUGCUGCUGGAGCAAGUGUAAGGUACUCAAUCUUUAAGCCCCUUUUAAACAUGCUACCAUGGCUGUAGAGAUGGGGCUUGUUUUGUUGGAAGGAUUUGCCCUGCAAUUAAAUCAUUUUUGUUACCAAUUCUAUUACCAAGAACUUUGUUAAGCCAAACACAGAUAGCAUGGUUUAAGUCGUCCCUUGGCAACUCAUUAGCAGACUCCACUCUAACAACCCAUGUUUUGUUCCCCACCAGUUACAAAAUGAUGCUGAAGUUGCAAAGUCAAAAGAAAGUGGAAAGAAAGAAGUCACGAAGGAGAAGGAUUUCAGUCCCACUGCACUGGUGAUAGUUGGCGUUGUGCUACUGCUUUGUGUUUUGGGGUUGGUGAUUGCUGUUUGGUGGACAUAUGGCAAUGGAAGCCAGGUCCCCAGUCUUCUGCGUGGCUAUGAACCAGUU